AUGACCGACACCAAACCAGAGCCUCAUUUCUAUACCACAUCCAGUCAUCUGGAGACCAUGGCCGGGGCCGAUAAACAAUGCGCCCCCCAGGACUCGAAGGUGGUCGAACAUCAAGAUGUCAACCACCCUCAGAAUUGGUCGCUCACGGCUAAACUGUUCACGUAUCUAACCAUCUGCUCGUUCACCUUCUUGGCCAAUGUCAAUUCGAGCAACUUCACGGUCGCAACGCAGGCCAUGAUCCGCGAAUUCCAUGUCAGCCAGACCCAAGCAGGCGAACUCGUCUGCUUCAAUGUUUUCCUCUUUGGCGUGGGAAACAUCUUCUGGGUCCCUCUGAUGCGCGUGAUUGGCAAGCGCCCAGUUUAUUUGGUGGCCAUGUUGGCACUCUGCAUGAUGAAUGUGUGGUCCAGCCAGGCCACCAGCUAUGGGGAGCUACUUGCAUCUCGGAUCCUCUCCGGAUUUGCCGCCGCUGCCGCCGAUGCCACGGUGCCGGCUGUAGUCGCGGAUAUGGUCGCUCCGCAGGAUCGCGGCCACUACAUGAUGUUUUUCCACUUGGCCAUGACCGCGGGUUUGUUUGUGGGCCCGCUGAUCAAUGCGUACCUGGUCCAAGAACAGAACUGGCGCUGGAUGUGCUAUUUCCUCGCUAUUGCGGUUGGGGUGGUUUGCGUGACUGCGGUCUUUACGAUUCGAGAGACCUCAUACGUCCAGCGCCACCAAGCACGAUCGUCACCAGGGACGAAACGAUCACAAUGGCAGUGGAUGUCGCUGACUGCUGGUUAUAAUAAGGAUGCCUCGUUCGUACAGGCGUUUUUGGAUAUCCUGUUCAAUGCUUCAUAUCCACCCUUGAUUUGGUGCUCGCUUGCCAUUGGGAUUUCUGUGGGAUGGAACAUUGUGGUCCAAUUGACCUCUUCUCGCACCUUCACCAAGCCUCCCUAUAACUGGAAGCUGGGAAGCCUGGGCCUGCUAUCGCUAGCUGGCUUCAUUGGAUCGGUCCUUGCAUUCUACCUCGGCGGCCGCCUCAUCGACAUCAUCUCCACGCGCAGCACUAUCCGCCACGGCGGUGUUCGGAUGCCCGAGUAUCGGUUGCCUGCGAUUAUUAUCCCGGGCACGAUCGGCCCGGCGGGUAUCUUAAUUUUCGGACUCUGUGUCGCCCAUCAGACGCACUGGAUCGGUCCUGCGGUUGGGUAUGCUAUGCAGGCAUUCGGAGUAGCAGCCAUUUCUAAUGUGGCCGUGACAUAUUCGUUGGACUCAUAUAAGCCGGUGACGGGUGAGGCUCUCGUGAUUAUUUUCGUCAUCCGCAACACAAUCGGCAUGCUCCUCUCGCUGUAUGCAGCAGACUGGAUCGCACGCCAAGGGCCAGCAGCCGUCUUUGGCGAGAUGACAGCGAUCCAGGUGGUGAGUAUUCUAUGCGCCAUCCCAUUGUUCUUUUGGGGCAAGUCAUUACGCGCCUUCACGUCUCGAUAUGGGCCAAUGAAGCGCUUCCAGGACGUAUGA